UUCCGCCAUAUUCGCUGGUUUGUUUAUGGAUAAAUAACUGUUACAAAAUCUGUUUUCAUCCUUGUAAUCAGAGGAUCAAGACAAUUGCAAAGCAAUUGAAAAUGAAGCUGACAUUAUUACGGUUCUUAUGCAUAGCAUCUGUUGUUGUAUUUCACGCUAAUUGCGAUGAACAUAACCAUCUUUAUGAGGAUGGUGAAGAGGUGGUCCUAUGGAUGAACACAGUCGGUCCCUACCACAACAGGCAGGAGACAUACUCCUAUUUCUCCUUGCCAUUCUGUGUUGGACAGAAACGAGAGAUAGGGCAUUAUCACGAGACCCUGGGUGAAGCCUUGCAGGGAGUUGAGCUCGAGUUCAGUGGCCUCGACAUUGACUUCAAAGCUGAUGUUGGCAAGACCCAGUACUGUGAGGUAACUCUCUCAUCAGAAAAAUACCAAGCAUUUGUGUAUGCCGUGAAAAAUCACUAUUGGUAUCAAAUGUACAUUGAUGAUCUGCCAAUAUGGGGUAUUGUUGGCGAGAUUGAUGAAGGUGGAGAAGGCUACUACGUGUGGACCCACAAAAAGUUCGAUAUUGGUCACAAUGGAAAGCAGAUAGUUGAUGUGAACCUCACCAGUGAAGUCAAGGUCAAGUUGGCACCUGGUAUUAAAAUGCCAUUCACUUACGAGGUGAAAUGGCACAAGUCAAAUGUGAAAUACGAUGAUCGAUUCGACAAGUACUUGGAUCCAAAUUUCUUCCAACAUAGGAUUCAUUGGUUCUCUAUUUUCAACUCAUUCAUGAUGGUCAUCUUCUUGGUCGGUCUUGUCAGUAUGAUCUUGAUGAGGACGCUGAGGAAGGACUAUGCUCGUUACAGCAAGGAUGAUGACCUUGAUGAUAUGGAACGUGACCUAGGUGAUGAGUAUGGUUGGAAGCAAGUCCAUGGAGAUGUUUUCCGCCCAGCAACCCACCCCAUGUUGUUCUCUGCUCUCAUCGGAUCAGGAUACCAAAUAUUCGUGGUCUCAUUCUGUGUGAUAUUCUUGGCCAUUGUUGGAGAACUCUAUACAGAGCGUGGAUCACUGCUUAGUACAGCCAUCUUUGUGUAUGCAGCCACAUCACCGGUCAAUGGUUACUUUGGAGGAAGUUUAUAUGCCAGGAUGGGAGGAAAAGUUUGGAUCAAGCAGAUGCUGAUGAGUUCAUUCCUCGUGCCAGCCCUCGUCUGUGGUACAGCCUUCUUCAUCAACUUCAUUGCCAUAUAUUACCAUGCCUCAAGAGCUAUUCCAUUUGGAACUAUGGUGGCCGUGACGUGCAUUUGCCUCUUUGUGAUAUUACCAUUGAAUCUUGUUGGCACUGUCGUUGGGAGGAACAUGGCUGGCCAGCCCAACUACCCCUGCAGAAUCAACGCAGUGCCAAGACCUAUUCCUGAAAAGAAAUGGUUUAUGGAGCCAGCUGUGAUCACCUUUCUUGGAGGAAUCCUGCCAUUUGGAUCCAUUUUCAUUGAAAUGUAUUUCAUCUUCACAUCAUUCUGGGCAUACAAGAUCUACUAUGUGUAUGGUUUCAUGCUGCUUGUCCUAGUCAUUCUCAUCAUUGUAACCGUGUGUGUAACAAUAGUUUGCACGUAUUUCCUUCUCAACGCAGAAGAUUAUCGAUGGCAAUGGACCAGCUUUCUUGCUGCGGGAUCAACUGCAGGAUAUGUGUAUCUAUAUUCCUUUUACUACUUCUUCUUUAAAACUAAGAUGUAUGGAUUUUUCCAGACAACAUUCUAUUUUGGUUACAUGGCGUUGUUUAGUGGAGCCUUGGGAAUCAUGUGUGGCACUGUGGGUUAUAUGGGAACAAACUUCUUCGUUAGAAAGAUCUAUUCUACCGUGAAAAUUGACUAAGGCAAGUGAAGACGGAAAUUAGCAACGGACAGAGUGGACCAGCUCAAGCUGAAUAUCGGGAGAAAAAUGGAUGUGGUCUUGUGUGGUGUUUACAACGUAAGAUGGCUGUGAGAGAUUGAGAGACAAAAUGAUACUUUGGUUGGCUGUUGGAAAUUUCCAUGUGAAUUUGUUGGGAGAUUAUUUGUUGGUGUUUGGUGUGUGAAUUAGUGGAAAGUACGAGGAUCAUGGGACAGGACUAAGUGACCCAGGUUUAUGAAACAGCUCCGCUUCACUACCGUGGACUUUGUCUUUUAUGAAAGAUGUGUCUGAUUGCCGAAAAUCUGGGCUGUGCCAAACUGUCAAAAGAAGUCGAGAUCAAGUUUAGGACAAUGAUAUCAAGUCUGGUCUGGCUGAUUAAAGAAAGUUGGUUCCUUGAACUAAAAACUAAUCGGACAUGAUGCCAGAUGUUUAGGGAACCUGGGCCGAAAUCGGAAAGCCUCCAUAACAGUAUUACAGAUUGAAGUUGGACUGGUUCCUCUGUCUACUUUGUGCUGUAGCUAGCUCUUAUGGAGGCUUCUGAGAUAGGCCCAGUUUCAGAACAUUUGUUCCUUUGAAAGGAAACCAAUUAAGAAUUCUUUCUUUGUUUUUCUUUUGUAUUCUGGAAGAGUUUGGGUGUAGCCUUGGGUAGAUUUAUAAUAGCGUUUGGAACAAGCUUGGGGUGAUUAAGAUUUACCCCGCCAUGUUAACCAGUUGUAAUAAUUGUUGUAGGACAACAAAUGAUGGACUUGGUGCAAAAAUCAACGGAUUUCAUCACUAGUGUGUCAGAAUUCCUGAUGGCUGUUUUUUAUUUCAUGUAUCACGCUGUGUAGGCUCUUGACUAAGUUAAAGGGGAACUAAAUGCAGGAACCAGGAGGUCCAUUAUUGGUGGUCUCCUGAUCACUAAUAAACACUACUAGGCUACUCAAAACUGGUUUGAAUACUUCUUAUUACUGUGAGAUAACAGAGACACCUAUUGGUGACUUUGUGUAACUGAAUCUGGCCCACUUAGCUCCUGCCUGUAGAGGCCCUUUAACUUAUACUAGGUCAUAAAAGGUUGGUUAAAGCUUUAACAGUGAUAUUAGCUUUCAUCAGUUUUGUAUGAUCUCUGAACAUGCUGUGCCAGAUAAAAUAUAUAAUCAUAUUUAUUUAUUUCAAAUAACUUGGUUCCACUGCAUGGAAUCCUGUGUGUUGUCAUGCUCAUAGCAUGUGGUGCAACUUGCUUUUAACCAUUUCACAUCAGGAUUUUAUGACUUCAAAGAAGCCACUUUGUCGGUUUGGCCUAUUCCUGCACGAUAUAAUGCAGCACUUUUCCGUACAAGUUGAUUGAAAUAUGUGCAAGAAGCCUAUGUCGUUCUCAAAUCCUUAUGUGUAAUGUCUUGUGUCAAUUCCCAUAGCAAAUCAUAUGACCUUUGACUGCAGUUAAGUUUUGAACUUUCAUCACACAAAGUGCUGGUAGUUGACAUUCGACAUGUGAGAAAAAAGUACUGAACUCUCUCAAAGGAAAAGAAUUUCAUCCAUGUCUUGAUAUCGAAGUAGGAUGUGCUGUGGGCAUUGCACAUCCAAUGGUACAAUUUUGAACUCCAGUAUUGAGUAUAGAUUUGUUAAAUAUGGAUGAGUGGGUUUUCUAUAUAGUGUAAAUUCAAUUGUGUAUAUAUUAGAUCAUGCUAAUCAGGACUAUGUACUUCGCUUCAUUUCUACAGCUGAAGGACUGGUGAUACUGGCCCCGUAAAAAAAAUUUCUGCAUCUGGCAGUAACUUGUUAAUGGGUGGCUUGCCAUAUAGCCAUUGUUGCUCUGGCACCUGAACAAAGAAAUCAAGAAUUUCUCAUUUCAAGAAUUUCUAUUUGGAAUGGAAUUCUUUGCAGUAGCAAAUAGAAAUAUGGUGUGCGCCCUGUUCGUAAAUUAUAUGCCUCAAGAUGUUAAAUUGAUUCACCAGGUUGUUUACAUGUAGGUCCAUCUUUGUACAGUAUAUGAUAUAAAUGAGUUGUAAUUAUUCUCCUCUAGAAGUGAACUGGUCCCUUUUUGACAGCAUGGAAUGUUCUGACCAGUGUGAAUUGCCCGCUGUCCAAAAUUGGCUGGUGAUUGGUAGUGUGUGUGGUGUGUGACAUCUGUACAUGUAGUUAUAUUGCCAGGCAUUUCUAUAGCACACUAGACUUUCUGUUGGCCAUCUCCAUAUCUUAAGAUCGUGUACGGCACUUCCCUGGGUUUUCAAAGGACAUACUAGUAUUACUACACAUUAUACACUGUAUUUUGGGAAGCCCAACUGCAUGUGCUUUAUUCAAGGUAAACAGGUAACCAUUUCAAUGAUGCAGUUGUGUGCUAUUUAUCUAAUGUACUAGCAAGUGUCGAUUAAUCUAUGCUUGGUACUCGUAAUGUCAACGAAGUGCCAAGUAUUGUUAGGACAAAUUCAGUGUCUUUUAGUGUGUUGAGCAUGUAUUUCUUAAGAGUUUUAAGAGUGUGACCUUUAAAAAACCAGGCCUUUGUUGUCUUCUGUAAAUAUCUCAUUGUCUUGAUCACAAUUAACAUGGAUAACAAGUAUUUUGUAAAAAAAGAAUGGAAUAAUUCGUCCAUCGUUGUAUCUA